AUGUCACAUCAUUCACCUCCCAAGAACCAAAUCCGUGAACUAAUCGAGGAAAUCAAUCAGUGGGCUAUAGCUAAUGGAUUAGCCAUGUAUCCUCCUAAUUUUGAGGCAAAUCCAUCGAAUGCUUCGGUGUCGCCGGUAACGAUCUAUCCAACUCCAAUUCCUAAGAGAUGUUUUGAUGAGGCCGUUGAAAUUCAACCAGUAUUUAAUGAAUUAUAUGCCCGUCUUGCUCAAGAUAUGGCUCACCCAGAUUCGUUGCUGCAUAAGACAACUGAAGCGUUGGCUUUAUCAGACCCCGAAUUCACUGGUAAAUUAUGGUCCUUAUACCUUAAAAUUUUGAAAGAUGUACAGAAAAAAAGGCAGACUUUUAAACUAGGUAUAUUUAGGUCAGAUUAUUUAAUUGAUAAGAAGAACGGUAGUGAGCAAAUUAAGCAAGUGGAAUUCAAUACUGUAUCCGUAUCAUUUGCAGGUCUCAGUGAGAAAGUAGAUAGAUUGCAUGCCUAUUUAAACAAGGCAAACAAAUACGAUCUUAAAGGACCGUUCUAUAAUGAACAAAAUAUGGUCAUUUCCGACUCAGGGUAUUUAUUAUCUAUGGCAUUGGCUAAAGCUGUUGAAUCAUAUACAUCACAGCAAAUUUCUUCCACUUCUAGUGAUCCAAUUGUUGCGUUCAUUGUUCAAAGAAAUGAGAGAAAUGUGUUUGAUCAGAAGAUCUUGGAAUUGAAUCUGUUGGAAAAGUUCGGUAUUAAGUCUGUGAGAUUGACAUUCGAUGAUGUUCACGACAAAAUGUUCACUGAUAAUGAAACAGGAAAACUUUUUGUCAAGGAUGCAGAACAAGAAGUAGCGGUUGUCUAUUAUAGAACUGGUUAUACAACUACCGAUUACACGUCCGAAAAGGACUGGGAAGCAAGAUUAUUCCUCGAGAAAAGUUUCGCUAUUAAGGCUCCAGACUUACUUACCCAAUUAUCUGGUUCCAAGAAAAUCCAGCAAUUGUUGACCAACAAGAGCGUAUUGGGUAAGUAUACCUGCAAUCCUAAAAAAAGAGAUAGUUUGUUGAAAACAUUUGUCAAAAUUUACCCCUUAGACGAUACAGAACUUGGUAGGGAAGGCAAGAGAUUAGCGUUCAGUGACCCCUCUAAAUAUGUGCUAAAACCACAAAGAGAAGGCGGUGGUAACAAUGUUUAUAAAGAGAAUAUUCCUAAUUUUUUGAAGGGUAUUGAAGAACGUCAUUGGGACGCAUAUAUUCUCAUGGAGUUGAUCGAGCCCGAGUUGAAUGAGAAUAACGUUAUAUUACGUGAUAAUAAGUCUUAUGAAGAGCCAAUAAUUAGUGAGUUGGGAGUUUACGGUUGCAUUCUAUUUGACGACAAGCAAGUUUUAAUGAAUGAAUUUAGUGGCUCAUUACUAAGAUCCAAGUUCAACACUUCAAAUGAAGGCGGUGUGGCUGCAGGAUUUGGAUGUUUGGACAGUAUUAUUCUGUAUUAG